CAUGUAAAAAUUAGCCGUCUUGGCAUUAGUUCUUGCUAUCACAGCUGCUAAGUUCGUUGAUACUCAUACUAGCUUAGCCUAAAUUAAUGCUGAUCCAUUUGGACAUGUCGUAUUGUCAGCUAUCAAGGCUCACCUUCUUGCUUAGACUCCAGCCAAUGAAGUUAAUAUGUUAUUAAAUGGUGUUGGUGCUGGUAUUGUACAAGACUAAAAUGAUCAUGAUCAUGCAUUUGAACUUGAUACAACUACAAACAAUAGAGUAAUGAUUUGUGUAAUAUUCAGAUUGUUGAAGAUUUAGAGAAAGAGAUCUUAUAUCAUCAAAAUCAAAUUAGCUCUAACACUUAAUUGAGAGACGAUACUAUUGAAGCAUUAGCAGUCUCAGAAGAAGAUAUUAGAGUUACUAUCUAAGAUAUUGCUAAUAAUGAAGCCACUUAUGCUAGAGAAGAAGCCACAAGAAAUUAAUAACAUGAAACAUUUGUUGCUAAAGUUGCUGCUAUUGAUGAUGUUAUUGAUGCUAUUGAUGAAGCUGCCAAAUUGAUCUAACAUUUAAGUCUUGGAGCCUCAUUUGCUUAAUUAAAGAGCAAAUAUGAUACACUUCACAAGAAGCUUUCAGAUAAUACUAGUCAUAGUGCUUUAUUAUAAGUAUUUAAAUAAUAUAUAUAUAUAAUUAUAGCCAGUUAUCACAGCUCUUACAGAACUUGCUACUCAUGGAGUCAAUCAAAAAGCUUUGACUAAGAUUGCUUAACUUUUGAGUGAAAUUAGACAAUAAUUAGUGAGCGAGAAAGCUGCCAAGACUGUAUUAAAUAAAUUUUAAUAAUUAAGGAUGUUGAAGAUAGAUAAGCUGCACAUUGGGCUGAAUUCUCUGUUCAUUUAUCUAAUGAACAUACUAGAUUAGUUGAAAGAAAAGCUUAAUUAGAAGUCUAAAUCUAAGAAUAAAAAGAUACAAUUGAAGAUGCAUAAUCAUGGAUCGAAUUCCAUACUUUAGAAUUAGAAAAUAGUGAAGAAAGACUUGCUGGAUAAUAAGCAUGGUAUGCUGUUUAAUCUGAAAUCUAUGAAACUUAAACUGCUGAAAGGUAUUUAAUUAAUUUUUAAAUUAAUUUUAUAGAUAAGCUCAAUAAGAAAUAGUUGACAGACUCUAAGAACACAUUAGUGAAAAAUUGUCAACCACUGCACAAUUCAUUGCCAGCAGAAACUGAUUU